GGUGCUGUAAGGACACGUGUGUGUUUCGUCUCCCGCUGACAGUCCGGUCCGCAGACAUGGAGGAGAAGGUUGAUUUGGACCUGGAGGAUUUUUCCUCCGAGCCACUUUUUGACUCCUUGGUCAAAGAAAUAAUAGAGCAAGACCCGACAUUCCUAAUCGGGAUUUUCGUCGCCAUAGCAGCUGUUAUAAUAACAAUAGUGUUUUUUAAGUUUUUCAUCGGCACCCAAACAAAAAGAAGUAGCAUUCUACUGGUGGGUUUGUGUGAUGCAGGCAAAACUCUUCUCUUCAGUCGGCUGCUGACAGGAAGAUUCACAAGGACCCAGACGUCCAUCAGUGAGAGCAGUGCAUCCUACAGGGCAAAAAGUGAGAGGGGAACCACCUGGACUCUUGUUGACCUUCCUGGUCAUGAAAGUCUGAGACCUCAGUUUGUGGAGAAGUUCAAGGCGUCUGCCAGAGCGCUCAUUUUUGUAGUGGACAGUGCAGUCUUCCAGAAAGAGGUGAAGGAUGUAGCUGAGUUUCUCUACUCUCUGCUGACGGACGGUGUGGUGAUCAAGAAUGCCCCGUCACUGCUGAUUGCAUGCAACAAACAAGAUAUUACCAUGGCAAAGUCGGCCAAACUGAUUCAGCAGCAGCUGGAAAAGGAGCUGAACACUCUGAGGGUGACUCGCUCUGCGGCCCUCAGCUCUCAGGACGGCUCCAUCGGGGCUGCGGUGCACCUGGGGAAAAAGGGGAAGGACUUUGAGUUCUCCCAGCUGCCCAUGAAGGUGAAGUUUGUGGAGUGCAGCGCCCGCGGCAGCAAGGGGGAAGAGGGGGACGCUGAUGUCGAGGCUUUGGAGAUGAGUCUGGCCAAGCUGUGAGGGACUGUUUGUUCCUGUUUCAUCCCAUUCAACAACUCCCUCUUAAUGCCUCCGUUUGCAUUAAAAUUCUUUCCUUGCUUUCUAGUCAGUAUUGCUUUUUCAUUUUAAAACUUUAGGAGUAUGAAUGCUUUCUUCCGUUCACACAGGGACAAAGAAACUGACAGUCCAUUUGCUCCAAGUUUACUGCAAGAUUGAUAUCCAGGGUAUUGGCAAGAGUCCAAGUCUUUGGACUGCUUUUGAGCUCCCCUGUCAGAUUAUGAACUGUUAUUUAUUUUUGUGUGCAGAUGAUGAUGCUGGUUGAGGUACAAGACGUUUGUUACAUUCAUUUGUUUUAUCCUGGUCUGCUUUGUGCCUUAGGUCUGAGAGCCAGAUGACUGUAGUCUUGGUUGUGUAUCAGCUUUAAACAGCCUGUAAAUAAAUGACUGUUUUGAGA